AUGGUGGCUCUGCACAGACUGCAGUGCCUCCUGAAACGUGCCCACAUGCUGUUGCUCUGCUUGGGCAUAGCCUACUUGAUGGCAGGCAGCCUCCUCUUACUACAGCGCUCCAGUGUGAGAGUGGCCCACUCCAGCCUGACCAAUGCACCACCGUUGUCCCUGGCAGCCCCUCCGGUGGCCCUGAGGACUGUGGGGUUGGGGGUGAGGGCACGUUCACGGUGGGCGACUGUCCCAGUGUCUGCUGGGGGCGGCAGACAGGGCCGAGUGUCUGCCUCACGCAGCCUCGGGGUCCAACACUUGCACCGCCGCUGGUUUCACAAUCUGCUGCCAGAGGGAUCGGAGCAAAACCUGGCACAGCACCGCCGGCACAAAGGAACAUACAUGGGCUGCUUUCUACACAAUGCAAGUGAUCGCGCUCUGGGAGGAACCAUGCUUUAUGACCUACGCAAAAUGACCAGCUCUCUGUGUCAAGACACCUGCUCCGAAAGUGGGUACCACUUUGCUGGUUUGGAGUAUGGAGCAGAAUGUCACUGUGGGAACAGAAUUGGCAGCUCGCGGGCCCCAGAGGAGGACUGCAGCCUGAUGUGUCGGGGUGAGAGGGGGUCUCCGUGUGGCGGGGUCGGCCGACUCUCAAUUUACAAAGUGGAGGAGCAGCUGCCUGGCCACCGCAAAUUCAGAAAUGUCCACUAUCGCGGAUGCUUCCAGUUGCUCAAGAGCAUCAUUGGCACAUUUCCCAUCUAUUCAUUUCAGCCCAAUCUGACCGCACAGUCCUGCAUCGAGACCUGCACAGACAAGGAGCUGCCUCUUGCUGUUCUGAGCCGGCCUCACUGUUUUUGCACGUGGACAUCGUCUCUGUUCAGUGUGAAUGACCCGUUUAGUGGUCAGCAAUGUGUGCCCAACCAGACUGCUGCUGUACCAUUCACCACACACACAGAGCAGGACCACUACCACGUCUAUCAGACACCUGUCCUUGACUCCAGGUGCAAGGAGAGGAUGUUUCUGCCCCAGAGAUCCAGCAACCUCGUGGCUCUUUCCAGUUUUCCUGGUGCUGGAAACACCUGGGUCCGGCACCUGAUCGAGCUGGUGACAGGCUUCUACACCGGCAGCUUUUACUUUGACGGCACGCUCUACAACAGAGGUUUCAAGGGAGAGAAGGACUUUUGGAAGAGCGGUCGUAGUAUUUGUGUGAAGACCCAUGAGAGUGGUCAGAAAGAAAUAGAGAUGUUUAGUUCAGCCAUCUUACUGAUUCGCAACCCGUACAGGUCACUCAUGGCUGAAUUCAACCGCAAGUGUGCCGGGCAUUUAGGGCACGCCUCAGACGCGCAGUGGAAAAGUAAAGAGUGGCCGGAGUUUGUCUCCAGCUAUGCCCCCUGGUGGGCAUCGCACACACUGAGCUGGCUGAAGUUCGGCAAAAAGCUGCUGGUGGUUCAUUACGAGGAGCUUCAGAAUAUGCUCAUCCCACAGCUGCGCCUCAUACUCUCCUUUCUGAACACCACUGUGAACGAAGAGAGGCUCCUUUGCGCCCAGAGUAACCAGGACGGCCAUUUUAAACGGUCACAGCAACCUUUCUUUGACCCUUUCACGCCGGACAUGAAGCGCAUGAUCGACGCUUGCAUUCAUGAUGUGGACCAGGCUCUUCAGAGCAGAAACUUUAGCGGACUGCCACAGGAAUACCUCCCGAGAUGA